AUGCGACCCCUCACAGAAGAGGAAACCAAGACGCUCUUCGAAAAGCUCGCCAACUAUGUGGGCAAGAACCUCGUUCACCUCAUUGACCGACCUGACGACCCGCACGUUUUCCGUCUGCACCGCGAUCGCGUCUACUACGUCUCCGAGUCGUCGAUGCGGCUAGCGAUCUCGGUUGCGCGGCCGAACCUCAUGUCGCUCGGCACGUGUUUUGGCAAGUACAGCAAGACGGGCAAGUUCAGGCUCCAUGUUACUGCGCUGGACUACCUGGCACAGCACGCAAAGUACAAGGUGUGGAUCAAGCCCAAUGGCGAACUUCCGUUCUUGUAUGGGAAUCAUGUCGUCAAGGCGCACCUGGGGAGGAUCACGGAUGAUACGCCCGAACAUGCAGGGGUGGUGGUGAUGAGCAUGGGGAAUACGCCCCUGGGAUUCGGGGUUACGGCUAGGAGCACGGUCGAUACCAGGAAACAGGACCCAACGAGUAUCAUCGUCUUCCACCAGGCGGACGUUGGCGAGUACUUGAGAGAUGAAGAUACGCUCUUCUGA